GUCAGUAUGUGAGGGUUCCCAUUUCUGCACAUCCUCAUCAACACUUGUUACUCCUUAUUUUUUGGAGAGUAGCCAUUCUAACUAGUGUGAGGUGACAUCUCAUCUAGGUUUUGAUUUGCAUUUCCCUGAAGACUAAUGAUGUGGAGCAUCUUUUCAUUCACCUGUUGACCAUCUGUAUAUCUUCUUUGAAAAAUGUCUAUUCAGACAGCCUUUGCCCAAAGUGUUGCUGCGUUUUCCUGCUUCAAUAGUGCUUGGACGAACUGGCACUUGUCCUGCACCCCGCGGGCUGCUCAGAGCCAGCCCUGUGUGGCUUCCUCACCAUGCCCUCCAGCCGUCCAAGACCCCCACCACGGCUCCAGCGCUGCACAGCCCUGGCCUCUCUUCAGCCUCCCGCCAGGAUGGCGGCAUCCCCCUUGCAGGUGCUCUUGAACUACCACCAGAUCUCGGAGGCCGUGGUCAACUGCCAGGUCAACCUGAAGCACUAUGCCCCCUAUGUCUACCUGUCCGUGUUUUACUACUUUGACCACAAUGAUGUGGCUUUGAAGAACUUUGCCAAAUAUUUUCUUCAACAAUCUCAUGAGGAGAGGGAACAUGCUGAGAAACUGAUGAAGCUGCAGAACCAGCCAGAUGGUGGAACCUUCCUUCAGGAUAUCAAGAAACCAGACUGUGAUGACUGGGAGAAUGGGCUGAACACAAUGGAGUGUGCAUUACACUUGGAAAAAAGCAUGAAUCAGUCACUCCUGGCACUGCACAAACUGGUCGAUGACAAAAAUGACCCUCAUUUGAGUGACUUCACUGAGGCUCAUUACCUGAAUGAGCAGGUGAAAUCCAUCAAAGACUUGGGUGACCACGCAGCCUACUUACAGGUGAAGACUCUGGAACCUGGUAUGGCAGAGUAUCUCUUUGCUAAGCACACCCUGGAAGACAGUGAUAAUCAGAGCUAAGCCUUAGGCUAGCUUCCCAGAGCCACGAGGGUGACUUCUCUGGCCUCUAUCGUAGUGCAUGCAUGUUGGGAUUACUUUGACCUUUCCUACAAGUUGUACCAAAACAUGUGCUUAAGUCCUUUCAUUUGUACCAUUCCUUCAAAUAAAGAAAUUUAGUGCCCGCCCCUCCCAAAAAAGGGAAAG